AUGAAGUCUAUUCUGUCAAUCGUUGUACUUGGGCUCAUUUACAGUGCUGUGGAGUCCAAAGAAUGUAAGUAUCUUGAUUUAUAAAGUCAACGCAACGUUUGGAAAUGCAUGGCAUUAUCGAUUUCUUGCCAUCCGGUUGUUUGUAGGCUGUUUAUAUUUUAGUUUUUAACGUUUUUUACUAGGAUAUUUAUUUGUAUACAAAAUUGAUUACUUUUUUUUUUAGAGUUUAUAAAACACUUUCUUGUAUUAAACCCUACCUUCGAUGAUCAUGUCAUGUGGGAGGGAAUACACCAAAACCUUGAGCCCUACCUAAAUAAUUUGAAUGAACCCUUUGCCAUUUUUGCUAGAUAAUCAUUAUUUCUACAUCCUAAUCCUUGAUUUUUAAUGUAGGCCUCAACUAUUUGCUGGCAUGCAUGUACACUGUUGUGAGAUGUGUGUUGAACACGUCACCUAAUGUAAAGUUUUUAACCUUGAUCAGAAUAUAAGUGAUUGUUUUCAGUAGAUCGGUUAUAUCUUACCUGGUGUAGGCCAACAAUGACAUGAUGUCACAUUUUGUUAUGGUUGGAAAUCCCCUCCGGAUUUUACUUUCACUUUGAGUGAAAUGGUUGCUGUCUAUGGCAGCCAUUAUGGGUCAGGGCCAUCAUAAAUUAGAUAUUACUGCACUGUCGGAGCUAGAAGCAGAAGCAUUUCGCUACACCCGCAAUAACAUCUGCUAAACACGCGUAUGUGAAAAUUACAAUUUGAUUUGAAAUGGUUGCUGUCUUUGGCAGCCAGUAUGGGUCAGAACCAUCACAAAUGGCUGAUAACUCAGACCUUUGUCCCUAAGUGUACUUUACUAGGAAAUAACUUGGUGAAAAUAUAUAGCAUACCUGUGUGAAAUGUCAAUUAAUAUAUUUAUGUAUUCCAAUACCUGCAAAUGGCAUAAUACAACUUGAACGAAUGAAAACCUACGAAUCUCCCUGUUGCCUAUCCUUUUGUGUUACUAUCAGCUCCCCCCAAGGUGCAGGUGUACAGCCGUAACCCAGGGGAUUAUGGGAAGGACAACACCCUGAUCUGUCACGUGAGUGGCUUCCACCCCCCUGACAUCAGCAUCCAGCUCCUGAAGAACGGCAUGGAGAUCCCCAACGCCAAGCAGACAGACCUGGCCUUCGAACAGGGCUGGCAGUUCCACCUCACCAAGAGUGUUGCCUUCAAACCAGCCAGCGGAGAGGAGUACACCUGCAGAGUCCGCCACCUGAAGAAUCUGAAGACCUACACCUGGGGUGAGUUACUUUAGUAUUUCCUCCUCCUUGAUUAACCCUGGCUCCUGCGUUUAUGUGUGACUGUCACCUGCAGAAGCCAACCACUAGACCUGGGCCCUGUACAGAAGCCCCCUACCCCUUAGAAUCACUUGUGGAGAGGUUGAAAGAAUUUGGUUUAGGUUGAACCUUUCCUUCUGAUUGACUAGAUGGAAUUUUCGUGCCACAGUGACUACAACUCAAGUUGAAGUUUCCACUUUUUAUUUGUCCCAGAGAGGGCAAUUUGGUUUUUGCAGCAGAGGAGCACGAGAUAUAAAAAUAAUAUAAAAUCGUAAUGGAUUACAAUGAUACUGAAUACAGUGGGCUAGUACAGCAGUCAUGGGCUGACUGGCCAAUCCUCUCAGAUCUCCACAAGAGUCUAAGGAGGAAGGACAGGGGUUGUUUCUGGACAGGGCCCUGGAGAGCUAGGUGCGUUAUGUGGUACGUUGGUUUAGAUACCAAUGGAUGAGCGGUUUAGUUACAGUAACAAGACUGAUUCCAUGUAGACAUUUAGUUAGUGGAAGUCUGAAUGUAUAACAGUGCUUUCUGUGUUGUUGUGUUUUUUCUCCAGAGGCUGAUAUGUAAGGAUCUGGAGCAGGAUUUACUGGUAUGUAUUCUGCUGAGUUUAUUUAUUGAAACUAUCUAAUUAGAUUAACAUUUUAACAUUUUUAAAUAGAUUAAAUCAGAACUAAACCUCAUACCUUUACCCUUCUAUCUUAACAGGGUGCCAUUCCAUCUGUGGCCGUCCAAUCCGUACCACCCCCCUACACUAGAGCUGAGAUGACUUAACUUCCCCUCUCAACAUGGGCUUUAGUUUUCAUGUUUGGUAACACUUUGUGCCAAGGGGCCAGUUUCAAGGGUUUCGAAUUGAAAAUGAUUAAACACAAAAUUAUUUGAUUUUGGGCAAGCGAUUGUUUAUUGACAUAGCAACACUGCUGAUACACAUUCUCUCAAUCUAAGUCACUUCUUUAAAAAACGAUCAUCAAGGCUUUAUCAAGCGUUUUUAUUUUUGGAUUUUAAAAAAACAUUAAUUUCCUUGAAAUUGGCACCAUUAGAUUUUAAUACUUUUCUUCUCAAAAUGGAAAUAAAUAAAACAAACUCCACAACUUGCACUAUUUGAAUGUGCUUUUAUCUACAAGCAAAAAUCAGCAACAGUGUAAUGUAAAGUCAGAUAUUUGAUCAACAUAUAUAUUUUUUUAAAAGCCCAAAUAAUUUUAGAGGAGGCCCACGUGAUAUGUAUUUGUGUGCCUUGUAAAUAUCAACGUCCUUUUUGGUUUGAAGUCAUUUUUAUCAACAUAACAUCUCAUCUUCUGUCUAUCCUUCAACAUUCCUGUAAAUUACCAGUUAUCAACAGUCUAAUAAAUGGGGCCUUUUUACAGGAAUAUUUUUGAUAAGUAGAGAACUGUAAUUUCGUUACUUUAAAAAAAAAUACUAGUUUGUUCUGUCUUUGGGUGUGAUAUACAACACUGUUCUGUUGAGUUUGAUUAAAAAAUUAAUUGUAAACUAUUUACAUUAAUUGGCUAUUUGAUUAAAUGUUUUUAAUUUAAAGAAAUACAAAAUCAUUGAACAAAAAUGCACUUUGUUGUAUUUGUUGGUAUUUCUUGAUUAAAUGUCUAAGUAAGGACUUGUUGUGACUGACUCAGUAAUGUUCAAAAGCCAUUUUUGAGAAGUUAUAUUAUUAUGAGUAAAUCAUUCAAUCAGUAAUGUACUUGUAAUAAGCUACUCCCAUUGUCAAGGCAGGUAGGCAAUACAUGCAGAGCUGUAGUCUACAGCAUUAUAUAAUGGGUGAUGAUGCAAUGUUGACAUUUCAGAUCAUACAUGUAUACACUAUUGCCAUUCUUUCUCUCAAUGCAAAACAUGUCCAUUAUUGUAAUUGGUAAAGUGAAGAUUACAUCAACUUUGUAACUGACUAUCCUGGUCAUGGCUAGAAGGGAUACAGCUUUUAUCAAAGUCAGGGCAGCUUUUUUUUGUGCAUUUUAGCUAACCCUUUUCCUAACCUUAUCCAAAUUCUCCUAACCUGCUACGUUAAUUCUCCUAACCUGCUGUGUAAAUUCUCCUAACCUGCUACGUUAAUUCUCCUAACCUACUACGAAAAGUCAAUUCUGAUGUUAAUUUGACAAAAGCUGUUUCCUUUCUAGCCCUGUAACCUUUUUGGUCUCAGGUUAAGGAUAGGCACAAAGUUAGCAGUGUGCUUAUGGUUAGAUUAAUUGUGGAAAUGGGUGGGGUUUAGCCAUAAUUAUGACUUUGUGGCUGUGUUAACUAGUGACGACCCCUUGAUCAACCUAGAGAAACAUCGAGAGGUGAAGCCUGCAUAGCAACUGUGAAGUAGGAUUUUCAAUUGGUGCAUCAAUCGAAGGGGGGUGCGGCUUUACUAUGUUUUAGGAAAACAGUAAUUUUACUUUCACCUUUCAUCAGACAUCAGCUGCGAAGUUUUAUAUAUAUUUUUACAUUGGAAAGACUUUGGAAAAAGAAAUCAUGAAAACUGUUUUGUCCGUGGUCGCUUUCUGCGUCAUCCUGGGGUUCAUAAACGCAAAAGAAUGGAAGUAGAUAAAGUAAAGCGGAUAUCACUUUGUCGUCACGAUUACUGAUGACAUUGUCUGUGUCACCCGUGCCGUUCGUGAAAACAAUGAUAUAUUUCCUUAACUGUGUUUUAAGUGAACAAUAACAAUAAUAAUAAUAUGCCAUUUGUCGUAGUAAAUAUAUAAUGUUAUAGCUUGGUCUGACUAAAAUCUUGUGCAUGACCCAUCUUGUGUUGGGCCUUUGGAUUUAAUACAAUGCACAAAGACUUCUAUCUUGUCGGCCUUAUCAGCAGGUGGCUAUGGACAACACCCACGCCAUAGGUCUCUCAGUUCUCCCAACUCACGACUUCUUGCUCUGAGGACAUACACACACACACCCCCACACACACACACACAUCAUCAUUGUUAAACAUACACACACAUACACACACACACACACAUACACACACGCACACACACACACACAUCAUCAUUGUUAAACAUACACACACAUACACACACACACACACACACACAUACACACACGCACACACACACACACACAUCAUCAUUGUUAAGCACACACACACACAAAAAACCCCUUCUCUUAGGCUGAACAUCUGAAGACAGAGAACCCGACUCAGAGCCAAUGCAAUGGAGGUGACCUCGACCAACUCAUCAGGACCAAUCAGAAGAUCAGAACUACUAGAAUCAACCUACUUUAUUUUAUUGUAUAAAAUGUCAGCACACAAUGUUUAGGGGCUCGCUCUCAGAUAUCUCCCUACGAGGUUGACGAACGGGUCCGUGCACGCUAUUUACAGAUAUCUUUACCUCUGAAUAAACUGCCUUAUAUUAUACAAUUAUCCACCUUGUCCGAAAGUCUCUACUUGGUCUCCGUUCUCCAGUAAACUUGUGAUCAUCAACACAUUUAGCAGACGUUUUUAUCCAAAGCGACUUACAGUCAUGCGUGCAUAUUUUUUUUUGUGUAUGGGUGGACCCGGGGAUCGAACCCACUACCCUGGCGUUACAAGCGCUGUGCUCUACCAGCUGAGCUACAGAGGACCAAUAAGCCUAGUAUUAGGCAACUUUAUUUUUAUUUGAUAAACAUUUACCCCGUACAAACGCAUUGAAUAACACAUUCAUAAAAGGCAAAAAGUCUCAAAAUAAAUCAUAAGGUUUUGAAGUGUGUUUUAUAUCUUGGAGAUAUAAGAGACCUCAGGAAAUAUUUACUUUUUUGGGGACGUAUUUAACCCCAUGUUUUUGGCACAAAACUACCUCAAUACUUCCAUUUGUUUGUAUGGGUUGAAGAGUCCCAUGACACUUAUGGGUGUCAUAGAGCAAAACGUGUUGGUGAGAGUCUCCCCUUUCCACCGAGGGGUCGUAAUAGUUUGUAGGCCAAAUGGUUCGGACACUACAGAGGGUUUCGUGAGAUUAACGAUUGCGUAAAUAGACUCUUAAGGAUUUUAACCAGUUCGUUUGAAAUCAAUGAGAUCGAGAUCUUGAAAACCUCAACUACAUUUACCUGAGCAGAGAGAUGACUAUUUUCCUUAUAGAGUAAGAAUAUGACAACUUCUGUGAUACACUGUGUGUAUGUGUGUGUCUCUGUCUGCAUACCUGCCUGACUGUGUGUGUUUCUCUGUCUGCAUACCUGCCUGACUGUGUGUGUUUCUCUGUCUGCAUACCUGCCUGACUGUGUGUGUGUCUCUGUCUGCAUACCUGCCUGACUGUGUGUGUGUCUCUGUCUGCAUACCUGCCUGACUGUGUGUGUGUCUCUGUCUGCAUACCUACCUGACUGUGUGUGUGUCUCUGUCUGCAUACCUACCUGACUGUGUGUGUCUCUGUCUGCAUACCUACCUGACUGUGUGUGUGUCUCUGUCUGCAUACCUACCUGACUGUGUGCUUCUCUGUCUGCAUACCUACCUGACUGUGUGUGUUUCUCUGUCUGCAUACCUACCUGACUGUGUGUGUCUGCAUACCUACCUGACUGUGUGUGUGUUUCUCUGUCUGCAUACCUACCUGACUGUGUGUGUCUCUGUCUGCAUACCUAAUUCCAGUCUGAGGUCCUGAGCGUUCUGGAGCAGGUUUUCAUCAAGGAUCUCUCUGUACUUUGCUCUGUUCAUCUUUCUCUCGAUCCUGACUAGUCUCCCAGUCCCUGCCGCUGAAAAACAUCCCCACAGCAUGAUGCUGCCACCACCAUGCUUCACUGUAGAGAUGGUGCCAGGUUUCCUCCAGAUGUGACGCUUGGCAUUCAGGCCAAAGAGUUCAAUCUUGGUUUCAUCAGACCAGAGAAUCUUGUUUCUCAUGGUCUGAGAGUCUUUAGGUGCCUUUUGGCAAACUCCAAGCAGGCUUUCAUGUGCCUUUUACUGAGGAGUGGCUUCGAUCUGGCCACUACCAUAAAGGCCUGAUUGGUGGAGUGCUGCAGAGAUGGUUGUCCUUCUGGAAUGUUCUCCCAUCUCCACAGAGGAACUCUGGAGCUCUGUCAGAGUGACCAUCGGGUUCUUGGUCACCUCCCUGACCAAGGCCCUUCUCCCCUGAUUGCUCAGUUUGGCUGGGCGGCCAGCUCUAGGAAGAGUCUUGGCGGUUCCAAACUUAUUUGAUUUAAGAAUGAUGGAGGCCACUGUGUUCUUGGUGAUCUUUUGUUGUGCUUUUUAUUUUUAUUUAGGGGGUAGAAGGGUUACUUUUAUACUAUCCCAGGUAUUCCUUAAAGAGGUAGGGUUUCAAGUGUCUCCGGAAGGUGGUCAGUGACUCCGCUGUCCUGGCGUCGUGAGGGAGCUUGUUCCACCAUUGGGGUGCCAGAGCAGCGAACAGUUUUGACUGGGCUGAGCAGGAACUGUGCUUCCGCAGAGGUAGGGGGACCAGCAGGCCAGAGGUGGAAGAACGCAAUGCCCUCGUUUGGGUGUAGGGUCUGAUCAGAGCCUGAAGGUAAGGAGGUGCCAUUCCCCUCACAGCUCCGUAGGCAAGCACCAUGGUCUUGUAGCAGAUGCGAGCUUCAACUGGAAGCCAGUGGUGUGUACGGAGGAGCGGGGUGACGUGAGAGAACUUGGGAAGGUUGAACACCAGACGGGCUGCAGCGUUCUGGAUGAGUUGUAGGGGUUUAAUGGCACAGGCAGGGAGCCCAGCCAACAGUGAGUUGCAGUAAUCCAGACGGGAGAUGACAAGUGCCUGGAUUAGGACCUGUGCCGCUUCCUGUAUAAGGUAGGGUCGUACUCUGCGAAUGUUGUAGAGCAUGAACCUACAGGAUCGGGUCACCGCUUUGAUGUUAGCGGAGAACGACAGGGUGUUGUCCAGGGUCACGCCAAGGUUCUUUGCACUCUGGGAGGAGGACACAACGGAGUUGUCAACCGUGAUUGCGAGAUCAUGGAGCAGGCAGUCCUUCCCCGGGAGGAAGAGUAGCUCCGUCUUGCCGAGGUUCAGCUUGAGGUGGUGAUCCGACAUCCACACUGAUAUGUCUGCCAGACAUGCAGAGAUGCGAUUCGCCACCUGGUUAUCAGAAGGGGGAAAGGAGAAAAUUAAUUGUGUGUCGUCUGCGUAGCAAUGAUAGGAGAGACCAUGUGAGGAUAUGACAGAGCCAAGUGACUUGGUGUAUAGAGAGAAUAGGAGAGGGCCUAGAACUGAGCCCUGGGGGACACCAGUGGUGAGAGCAUGUGGUGUGGAGACAGAUUCUAGCCACGCCACCUGGUAGGAGCGACCUGUCAGGUAGGACGCAAUCCAAGAGUCAGCCGCGCCGGAGAUGCCCAACUUGGAGAGGGUGGAGAGGAGGAUCUGAUGGUUCACAGUAUCAAAGGCAGCAGAUAGGUCUAGAAGGAAAAGAGCAGAGGAGAGAGAGUUAGCUUUAGCAGUGCGGAGAGCCUCAGUGACACAGAGAAGAGCAGUCUCAGUUGAAUGACCAGUCUUGAAACCUGACUGGUUUGGAUCAAGAAGGUCAUUCUGAGAGAGAUAGCAGGAGAGUUGGCUAUAGACGGCACGCUCAAGAGUUUUGGAGAGAAAAGAAAGAAGGGAUACUGGUCUGUAGUUGUUGACAUCGGAGGGAUCGAGUGUAGGUUUUUUGAGGAGGGGUGCAACUCUCGCUUUCUUGAAGAUGGAAGGGACAUAGCCAGCGGACAAGGAUGAAUUGGUGAGCGAGGUGAGGUAAGGGAGAAAGUCUCCGGAAAUGGUCUGGAGAAGAGAGGAGGGGAUACGGUCAAGCGGGCAGGUUGUUGGGCGGCCGGCCGUCACAAGUCGCAAGAUUUCAUCUGGAGAGAGAGUGGAGAAAGAAGUCAAAGCAUAGGGUAGGGCAGUGUGAGCAGGACCAGCGGUGUCAUUUGACUUAAUAAAUGAGGAUCGGAUGUCGUCAACCUUCUUUUCAAAAUGGUUGACGAAGUCAUCCACAGAGAGGGAGGAGGGAGGGGGGGGGGGGGGGGAUUCAGCAGGGAGGAGAAGGUGGCAAAGAGCUUCCUAGGGUUAGAGGGGUUAUUACCCCAGCACAAGGUGCACCUGUGUAAUGAUCAUGCUGUUUAAUCAGCUUCUUGAUAUGCCACACCUUUCAGGUGGAUAGAUUAUCUUGGCAAAGGAGAAAUGCUCACUAACAGGGAUGUAAACACAUUUGUGUACAACAUUUGAGAGAAAUAAGCUUUUUGUGCGGUAUGGAACAUUUUCUGGGAUCUUUUAUUUCAGCUCAUGAAACAUGGGACCAACACUUUACAUGUUGUGUUUAUAUUUUUGUUCAGUGUACAUACACCAUACUUUAUUAUGACUAUACUGUACAUGGCCUUUCACCAUACUUUAUUAUGGCUAUACUGUACAUGGCCUACCUUUCACCAUACUUUAUUAUGGCUAUACAUGGCCUACCUUUCACCAUACUUUAUUAUGGCUAUACAUGGCCUACCUUUCACCAUACUUUAUUAUGGCUAUACAUGGCCUACCUUUCACCAUACUUUAUUAUGGCUAUACAUGGCCUACCUUUCACCAUACUUUAUUAUGGCUAUACAUGGCCUACCUUUCACCAUACUUUAUUAUGGCUAUACAUGGCCUACCUUUCACCAUACUUUAUUAUGGCUAUACAUGGCCUACCUUUCACCAUACUUUAUUAUGGCUAUACAUGGCCUACCUUUCACCAUACUUUAUUAUGGCUAUACAUGGCCUACCUUUCACCAUACUUUAUUAUGGCUAUACAUGGCCUACCUUUCACCAUACUUUAUUAUGACUAUACUGUACAUGGCCUUUCACCAUACUUUAUUAUGACUAUACUGUACAUGGCCUUUCACCAUACUUUCUCUCAAUGCAUUACAUGUGCAACAUUGUAACUGAUAAAAUGAAGACUGCAUCCACUUUGUAACUGACUGCAUCAGGCUUCCUAAAGAAACAUCUAGAGAAGACGACAUAGCAACUGUGAUGUAGGAUUUUCGAUUGGUGCAUAAAUCGAAGUGGGUGCGGCUUCACUGCGUCGCAGUAAAAUAUCUAUUUUACUUUCAGUUUCAUCUCACCGUUUGCGACUGUCCGUUUUGGUGCAGUUUGAUAUAUUUUUCUGCAUUGGAAAGACUUGGGAAAAUAAAUCAUGAAAACGGUUUUGUCCGUAGUUGCUUUCUGCGUCGUGUUGGUGAACAUAAACGCAAAAGAAUGUAAGUAAAGUAAAACUAUGACUUGGUCUUUAUGAUUAAUUCACCUUAUGUGUACGAACUUGAUUUGAAAGGCCUCACCCACGACGUUCGUCAAAACAAUUAUAUAUUUCCUUAUGUCUUAAGUUGACAGCAAAUGUGUACUUUACAUGGGUUACGCUUUUAAGCAAAUGUAAAUUGAGCAGAGACUAUUUUAUUUUUAUAGUGAGAAUAAGUUAAUCAACUUUUGUGAUACUGUGUGUGUGUGUGUGCCUACCUGACUGUGUGUUUCUCUGUCUGCAUACCUACCUGACUACCUGACUGCCUGACUGUGUACCAUUCCCUCCUCCCCCCUGUAGCUCCCCCCAAGGUGCAGGUGUACAGCCGUAACCCAGGGGAAUAUGGGAAGGACAACACCCUGAUCUGUCACGUGAGUGGCUUCCACCCCCCUGACAUCAGCAUCCAGCUCCUGCAGAACGGCAAGGAGAUCCCCAACGCCAAGCAGACAGACCUGGCCUUCGAACAGGGCUGGCAGUUCCACCUCACCAAGAGUGUUGCCUUCAAACCAGCCAGCGGAGAGGAGUACACCUGCAGAGUCCGCCACCUGAAGAAUCUGAAGACCUACACCUGGGGUGAGUUACUAGUAUAG